GUCAUCAUCUGAUUGAUUGAGCUAGAGUGUAAACUGCUUGAGGAAGCAGAUUUUGGUAUUUUCUGAUGUUUCCAUGGCAUCUAGAACAGGGCCCAGUACAUAGCAGUGACCUGAUAAACAGUUGUUGAAUUAAAUUGAUGAGCAAACCCAUGAACAUAUUUGGUUCAUCAUCUUUUUUCCUUCUUUCAGAAUAAAAGACCAAGCUAUGAUAGCAACAGGUGGAGUGAUAACAGGCCUGGCUGCCUUGAAAAGGCAAGACUCUGCCAGAUCACAGCAUCAUGUCAACCUCAGUCCCUCACCUGCUGCCCAGGAGAAGAAACCAGUUCGACGUCGGCCUCGAGCUGAUGUAGUGGUGGUUCGUGGCAAGAUCCGGCUUUAUUCCCCGUCUGGUUUCUUCCUCAUUUUAGGAGUCGUUAUUUCAAUUAUAGGCAUUGCAAUGGCAGUCCUUGGAUAUUGGCCCCAAAAAGAACAUUUUAUAGAUGCUGAAACAACAUUGUCAACAAACGAAACUCAAGUCAUUCGAAACCAAGGUGGUGUGGUGGUUCGCUUCUUUGAGCAGCAUUUACAUUCUGACAAAAUGAAAAUGCUUGGCCCUUUCACAAUGGGGAUUGGGAUUUUCAUUUUCAUUUGUGCAAAUGCUAUUCUUCAUGAAAACCGUGACAAAGAAACCAAAAUCAUACACAUGAGGGAUAUCUAUUCCACAGUCAUAGACAUCCACACCCUAAGAAUCAAGGAGCAAAAGCAUAUGAAUGGCAUGUACACUGGUCUGAUGGGAGAAACAGAAGUAAAACAAAAUGGGAGCUCCUGUGCCUCGAGACUGGCAGCAAAUACGAUUGCCUCUUUCUCGGGUUUCAGGGGAAGUUUUCGCAUGGACAACUCUGUCGAGGAGGAUGAACUCACUGUAAAUGAAAGUAAGAGUUUUGGGCAUCUCAUGCCCCCAUUGCUCUCUGACAGCUCUGUCUCUGUCUUCGGCCUCUAUCCACCUCCUUCUAAAGCAACUGAAGAUAAGACCAGUGGCCCUAAGAAAUGUGAAACCAAGUCAAUUGUGUCAUCGUCCAUCAGUGCUUUUACGUUGCCUGUCAUCAAACUUAAUAACUGUGUUAUUGAUGAGCCCAGUAUAGAUAACAUCACUGAGGAUGCUGAUAACCGCAAAAGUAGGUCGAGGAAUAUGUCAAUGGAUUCCCUGGUAGUCCCUUUACCCAACACCAGUGAAUCCUUCCAGCCAGUCAGCAUGGUGCUCCCAAGGAAUAAUUCUGUUGGGGAGUCUCUUUCGAGUCAGUACAAGUCCUCUGUGGCCCUUGGACCUGGGGCCGGGCAGCUCUUGUCUCCUGGGGCUGCUAGAAGACAGUUUGGGUCUAACACAUCCUUGCAUUUGCUCUCCUCACACUCAAAAUCCUUGGACUUAGACCGGCGUCCCUCCACCCUCACUGUUCAGGCAGAGCAACGGAAACAUCCAAGUUGGCCUCGGUUGGAUAGAAGCAACAGCAAAGGGUAUAUGAAACUAGAGAACAAAGAAGACCCGAUGGAUAGGUUGCAUGUGCCCCAAGCUGCCAUUAAAAAAGACUUUACCAAUAAGGAAAAGCUUCUUAUGAUUUCAAGAUCUCACAAUAAUUUGAGUUUUGAACAUGAUGAAUUUUUGAGUAACAACUUAAAACGGGGAACUUCUGAAACAAGGUUUUAAUGUUAAAAAAAUAUCAUUU